AUGUUAAAAAGAAGUUACGCAGAUUCUUACUACCUUCUAGGAGAGGGCUCGCAGAAAAGCAUAGAGGCAGCAGGUAUAUUCAAAUCCAGAAAACUUUCUGAAGGUGAAAUUUCAUUAAUUAAAAUUCCAAAGGUUCAAAAAGGGUUGGUUGUCUCUACAUUUGAGAGAGACUUAGCUUUUGCAUCCGAUUUACCUGUGAAGCAGCAUUUGAAAGAAUACGAAAUUCUGGUUCAGAAUAAAUAUGUUGGCUUGAACCAUGUCGACUGGAAGUCGAAAAAAUAUCGAUUCAAUAUUUACUCAUUUCCAUGGAUAAAUGGUAGAGAAUCCAGUGGAAUAGUAAUUCGAAGGGGGUCCAAAGUGGAUACACAAAAGUUCCCAAUAUCAGCUGAAGUGUUCUUGGCAAGUACCUCUUACCGGGAUCUGGAAACUUCAACUUUUCAGGAAUAUACAGUAUUCGAUUCUAGGCUUGUGUGGAAGCUGCCUCAGUAUAGACUUCCCAAUGGCAGGUUACACAAGAGAUUUGAUCUUGAAUUUGCUGCGGGGGUCGGUGUGGGUUUAGUAACAGCAGGCUCAGCAAUUUCCAGUCUCGUUGAUUUGUCCCUAAGAGACCAGGCAGAUCAUCAAAAGCUGGGAAACAUUGUGAUAUGGGGUGGAAGUUCGUCUGUAGGUCUCUACGUCAUACAGUUGGCAAAGGCAUCUAAAAUGUUCGAAAAAAUAGUCGUCGUGUCCGCAAGCAAACACAAAGAAUAUCUCCUAGAGCUUGGAGCUAGCUGCAUAAUAGAUCGCCAUCAGUCCGAAGAAGAAAUUCUUGAUGAUAUCUUAUCACAUUGUCCAGAGGGGAUCGAUUUUGGUAUAGAUGUGAUAUCCAAAGAAACAGCUACAUUAUUAACUAAAAUACUACAAAAUAAUAACGAAAAUGUCAAAAAGUUGGUAUGUAUCGUUGGUGUACCUCAGAUUGCAACUGAGUUAUUUGAAAAAAAUUCCAAAUCCAAAUUCAUUAUUGAGACAGUUAAUAUAAAGAGGUUUCAUGAAGAUGUUGCAUUCGGUUCCUGGUUUGUAAAUUAUACCUCCAGACUCUUUGAAACUGGACAAUUAAAACCUAUAACAGCUUUGAAAAUAUUCAAAUCGUUGGAUAAUUUUGGAGAGGGUAUAAAGAGUGGUUUGAAGGAACUAGAAGAAAGAGGUGCUAGUGCUGAAAAAUUUGUCGUAAGUUUGUAG